UCCUUUUAUCUAGUGUUUGUGUAAGUUUUCAAAGUUAUUAAGACUUUCAAAGUCUCACGCUGGACAUCUUCACUUGUGUCAUGUGACUGAAGGAUAAUUCUUGCAGUUUGAAAUAGGAAGUAAAGAGAGACAGGAUGUGUAUUAGUUUCUCCACUGCAUGUUGAUCAUCUCUCAUUCUCAACAUGACAUCUGAACACGGCAGAUUACAAUAAAGCAAGGAUGUUUCGUCUUUCCUCUCUGAUCUUUCUGCUUGUGAUUCCCGGCAUUUGUGGCCAAACUUGGAAUGUGAAGUACAAAAAUCUUAACAUAUGCGCUCUGAAGGGAUCAACAACACAUCUAUCAGGCAGUUAUACACACCCAAAUGGUCUCACUGUGACAAAGAUAUUUUGGACCACAAAUCCAGUUUCUGAAAAAGAGCAAACUGAUUUGUCUGAUAAUCCACAUUACAAAGACAGGAUUGAGUACUUCCUGAAUAAAGACCAAAUCUUCUUUCUCAAACUGAGUAACGUGACAGAUCAGGAUGAAAGUAUGUACUGCAUCAAAAUCCAAACAAAUGUGAAAGAUCAAAGAUGGCUGGGUUAUCCUUGUAUUGACCUCAAAGUGACAGAUCUCAGAGUGGAGAUUCCUGAAGAGGUCAUAGAGGGAAAUUCAGCUGUUUUAGUUUGUAAGACCACCUGCAACCUCGGAAACCGUGCUAAUUAUAACUGGUACAAGAACAGCAAACCUUUCUCAGGAUCUCUCAGUACAAAUGAACUCUUGUUGCAGUCAGUCAGCAGUGAUGAUACAGGAAACUACAGCUGUGCAGUGACACAACAUGAACAUCUCCCAUCUCCUGCGGUCACUCUCUCUGUCAGAUAUUCUCCAAAGAAAGUCUCAGUGUCCAUCAGUGGAUCAGGUGAAAUAGUUUUGUUUGAUUCAGUGACUUUGACCUGCAGCAGUGAUUCAAACCCACCUGUUCUGAACUACACCUGGUUUAAGGAGAAUGAAACCUCAUCUGUUGGAUCUGGACAGAGUUACAGCAUCUCCAACUUUAAUUCCAGUCACAGUGGACAGUUUUACUGUGUGGCUCAGAAUGAACAUGGAUCUCAGAGAUCAGCAGCUGUCUCAGUCACUGUUGCAGAAGGAAAAACCCCAGUUUUGACAGUAGUCAUUUCUGCUGCUUUUCUUGCUUUUAUGGUACUGAUGGUUGCCAUCGCGCUGCUUAUAAGGAGGAAAAGAGUUUCUCCAUCAGAAGAGCAAAACAACAGAGGAUUACAACACAAUGAAAAGAUCGAGUCUCCUGAGGGAACCUACAUGACCCUUGACCCCAUGUCCAGAUGCUCGGAUUAUGACACACUGCAUAACGUAAAGAGAUCCUGCAGUAAUACAGGCGACCCUGAAGUUCAGGAACCAACAUAUUAUAACACAGACAAUUAAAUAUUCCACCUCUUUCAUUUUCCUUUAUUAAGUUAAACUCAUUUUACAGCAUCAUGUUGAUUACCACAAAAAGGUAUUUCAACUCAUCCUGCCUUUUCUUUAAAAAGGAACAAUCUGAGAUCCAGUGAUAUAUAACUCUGAACUCUUAGCUUGACUCCUGUGAGCUCUAUUUUCAUCUUUGCAACUUUCAGAAGCAUCGCAUUGCUUGCAUUUAUUGGUUGUAUGCAGUAAUAUACAAAUAUGUUCUGUAUUGUUGAGAAUUUGAUCUAUAAACUUUGAUUUGACUUCA